AUGGAGGCCUUUCCGAGGAUUUCCGCCGGCCGUCUUGCUAUCGCCAGGGCCGGAAACCGCCCUACGGGCGCUACGGUCGGCGGCCGACAGGAGGGAGACAUGGAGGGAGACAUGGAGGCCUUUCCGAGGAUUUCCGCCGAGCAGCGCAACCCGGAGUUGCCGCCUCCGAGGCCGUCUCGCUAUCGCCAGGGCCGGAAACCGCAGUACGGGCGCUACGGUCACCAGCCGACAGGAGGGAGACAUGGAGGCCAUUCCGAGGAUUUCCGCCGGGCCGGAAACCGCAGUACGGGCGCUACGGUCACCAGCCGACAGGAGGGAGACAUGGAGGCCAUUCCGAGGAUUUCCGCCGGCCGUCUUGCUAUCGCCAGGGCCAGAAACCACGGUACGGGCGCUACGGUCGGCAGCCGACAGGAGGGAGACAUGGAGGCCUUUCCGAGGAUUUCCGCCGAGCAGCGCAACCCGGAGUUGCCGCCUCCGAGGCCGUCUCGCUAUCGCCAGGGCCGGAAACCGCAGUACGGGCGCUACGGUCACCAGCCGACAGGAGGGAGACAUGGAGGCCAUUCCGAGGAUUUCCGCCGGGCCGGAAACCGCAGUACGGGCGCUACGGUCACCAGCCGACAGGAGGGAGACAUGGAGGCCAUUCCGAGGAUUUCCGCCGGCCGUCUUGCUAUCGCCAGGGCCAGAAACCACGGUACGGGCGCUACGGUCGGCAGCCGACAGGAGGGAGACAUGGAGGCCUUUCCGAGGAUUUCCGCCGGCCGUCUCGCUAUCGCCAGGGCCAGAAACCACGGUACGGGCGCUACGGUCGGCAGCCGACAGGAGGGAGACAUGGAGGCCUUUCCGAGGAUUUCCGCCGGCCGUCUUGCUAUCGCCAGGGCCAGAAACCACGGUACGGGCGCUACGGUCGGCGGCCGCCAGGAGGGAAACAUGGAGGGAGACAUGGAGGCCUUUCCGAGGAUUUCCGCCGGCCGGCUUGCUAUCGCCAGGGCCGGAAACCGCCCUACGGGCGCUACGGUCGGCAGCCGACAGGAGGGAGACAUGGAGGCCUUUCCGAGGAUUUCCGCCGGCCGUCUUGCUAUCGCCAGGGCCGGAAACCGCCCUACGGGCGCUACGGUCGGCGGCCGACAGGAGGGAGACAUGGAGGGAGACAUGGAGGCCAUUCCGAGGAUUUCCGCCGGCCGUCUCGCUAUCGCCAGGGCCGGAAACCGCGGUACGGGCGCUACGGUCACCAGCCGACAGGAGGGAGACAUGGAGGCCUAUCCGAGGAUUUCCGCCGAGCAGCGCAACCCGGAGUUGCCGCCUCCUAGCCCGGCUUGCUAUCGCCAGGGCCAGAAACCGCCCUACGGGCGCCACGGUCACCAGCCGACAGGAGGGAGACAUGGAGGCCUUUCCGAGGAUUUCCGCCGGGCCGGAAACCGCGGUACGGGCGCUACGGUCGGCGGCCGACAGGAGGGAGACAUGGAGGGAGACAUGGAGGCCAUUCCGAGGAUUUCCGCCGGCCGUCUCGCUAUCGCCAGGGCCGGAAACCGCGGUACGGGCGCUACGGUCACCAGCCGACAGGAGGGAGACAUGGAGGCCUAUCCGAGGAUUUCCGCCGGUGGGGCCGGAAACCGCGGUACGGGCGCUACGGUCGGCGGGCGACAGGAGGGAGACAUGGAGGGAGACAUGGAGGCCUUUCCGAGGAUUUCCGCCGCACACUCGCCGUUGGGGAGGCAAGCAGUGCUUGCGUUGGGCAGCCUGUAG